AUGAAUUCUACAAUACAAUUUCCUUAAAAUGAUGAUAUUGCAAAUCAUAAAAUAAAAGCCCUAGAACUUAAUGCAAAUUAGUUUCAAGCAUAAUUUAAAGUAUCUUAAAAAGAUUAUUAAGCCUCUUUUUCAUGAAAAUACUAAGUUAAAAUAACAUGUCAUUAGCCUUAACUUUUAUAUCGAAGAACGCAAAUUAUAAUUAAGUAAUUUAAUCAAUGAUACUGGACCUAAUGGAGAAGACAGAGUUUUGAUUAAAGCAGUCGCUGAUUUUAAAUAGAUUUGUGAUCUUUUAGAGGGUAUUUUAAUUGUUAGUUUGUAGAAGAAUUACUUAGAAUGAAUAACACUAUUGUUGAAAAUACUAAUGAAAACUAGAAACUAAAAAUCCUCAUUAAAUAAAUAAAAGAUAAAUCAGAAUAAGAUAGAGAUCGAUAUUUUAUAGAGAAACAGUCAUUUAUUGAUUAAAAUCGCCGUUUGAAUGAAUAUCAUAAAUAACAGUCACUUGAUUGGGAAUAAAUUUAAAAUAGAAUGGUAUAUAAUAUUCAUUAAACUUUAGAAAAUGAAAAUUGAAGAUUUAAGCUCUUAAUUGCUACAAUUAUAAUAGAAUAUCAAUAAAAUCCAUAAACAUUACAAAUAUUAAAUUGAGGAGAAAUCUCUCAUUUAAAAUCAAGUGCUUAUAAAAAUCAAUUUGGAAAAGUAAGAAAUGAUUGAAAAAUUUGAAGUUGAAAGGAGAUCUUACUUAUAAUAAUUAGAAAUUUUUAGUAAUAAAAUGAAUGAAAAUAAAACAAUAUUAAUUAAUGAAUAUGAGUAUAAAAUCUAAUCUUAAAGAAUUAAAUUAGAAUCCUAAAUUUAAAAAUUAAUGGAAGAUUAUUAAGAUUAUCAAACUUAGUUUUAAAAUAUAAUUGAAAAAAAUAAAAUUCUAUAAUUCUAGAUUGAUAGUAAUAUACCUUAAAUUGCAAGUUUAGAAAAAGAAAUAUAAGAUUAAAAAUAUAAAGUUUUUGUUUGUGAAGAAACUAUUAAAACAAAAGAUUCAUCAAUAUAGCAAAAAGAUAUUAAAAUUGAAUAAUUAAAGUAUUAAUUAAAUAUAUUUAGUGAAUAGAUUAAAAAAUUGAAUUAAGAAAAAGGAUAGCAUGCUAUUAAAGAAUAGUUAAAACGUUAAGGAUCUAUAAUUUAAUAGAAUAAAACUUAAUCCCCAGACAAAUCUCUUUAAUAAAAUAAGCAAACAUAUCAUCAAAGAUAAGUAAUUAAACAUAGAGAUCCCAUUAAGCAAUCUAUUAAUUCAGAUUCUUAUAUGCAUUCAUCUUUGAAAAGAGUACCUCAAUAAAAAUAAGAAGAAUUUCCAUUUUAAGAAACAACUAUUGAAUAAUAUGUAGAAAAUAAUAAAUUAGAAAAUCUACAAUAAAUUUAAGAAUCUAAAAAAAAUUCAAGAUCUUCAUCUAUAGAUGAAUCAUCUAAUUCUCCACUUCCUUUUAUUAAAGUAAUAAAUAAUGAAAUUUAAAAAUCAAAUAAUAAUGGAUAAUAAACUCAACAUAGUGAUGCUACUAUUUAAUGUGAUUUAAUGGAAUUUAUUAAUUCAUCUAUCAUUUAAAAAUAUGAAUAAUAAAUUACUAAACUAAAUAAGGAACUUAUUUAAUAAAAACAUGAAUAUGAAAUUUAAUUAAAAUUAAAAUAAGAUGAAUUAAAAAUCAUUUUGGAAAAAAAUAAGUCCCAAAAGUCUAUUUUUGAAUAGAAUUAAGAGAAAUAGUUAUAAGAUUUAUAAAAAUAAUAAUAGGAGGAUAUAAUUUAAAAAGAUAAUACUAUUAAUUAAUUAAAGUUGACAUUAAAUGAAAGAAAUCUCAAAAUCUAAAAAUGUCUUGAUUAAGAAAAUAUUUAUAAAGGCAUGAUUGAAGAAUUAAAUGAAAAAUUUAGAUCAGCAAGUUUUAGUUAAAAUGAAGUAAUUCUUAAAUUUUAAGAUGAUAUGAAAUUAUUGGAGUAAUAAAAUUAAAUAGAAUAAAAAAGACUUUUAGAAUUAAAUGAAAAAUUAAAGGAAGCACAUAAACAAGAAAUUGAGAAUUUAAAUAAUCAACAUUAAUUAGAUUAAGAAUAAUUAAAUCAAGAAAAAGCAAGAUUACAAGAAUAAAGAGUUGAACAUGAAUAAUAUGUUAGAUAGACUAAUGAUCUUUUAGAAUAAGCUAGAUCAAAAGAAUUUUUAUUAGAUAAUUAUAGAAGAGAAUUAUUAAAGACUAAUGAAAUUGUAAAAUAUCUUUCAUUAGAGAUUGAAAACUUUAAAAAAAUUAAUAGUAUCUUUAGAUCCAAAAAUGAUCAUUCAGCUCAUAAUUUUCUUUAUAAUAGUAUGGGAUUUCUUCCAACUGAAAUGCAAGAUAAUAUUAAAUAAAAAAUGAAUAAAGUAAAAUAAAAAAAUUAGUCUACUAAUAUUUUAAAAGAUGUAUAUGCUAUGAACUUUUAAUUACAAAAAGGAACAAAAAUGAGAUAAGCAAAGUUAGUUUCUAUGAAUGCAACAAAUUUAGAUUAAAAUAAAUUAAAGUUUUUAUUCUAUUUUAUUAUAAUAGAUAAGAAAUGAAAUAAAAAUUAGAAUCAUUAAAUGAACUUAAUAAAUCCUUGCCAAAAAUGAAUUCCAAGAAUUUUUAAGAAUAUGACAGAACAAUUUCAGAUCGCAAAUUUAAAUUGACUAAUAAUAAAAAUUUUCGAUCAAGUAUCGUAUCUGAAAUAUAUAAUUUUUAGAAACUCAAUAUGAUGAUUAAAUGGAUAGUGAUCCAAAAAGAAUGAUGUAAGAUAUUAAUUAAAAAGAAAUAAUGUUAUUAUAGAACAGUUAACUAUUACUAUCUCAAAUAAAUUUUUAAACAUAUGAUAGAAAAGAUUCACAUUAGAUAAAAAAAAACAACUUAAGCACUUCUAAAAUUUGA